UCAACAUAGGGGACUAGCCAUGGGGUCACCACUGAGUCCGGUGGCGGCAUGUUUGUACAUGGAGUGGCUCGAAAAGCACCAUUAUCAGGGCAUCAUGGGCAGUAACGUAAUUUGGUUGCGUUAUGUUGACGAUAUCCUCGUAGUAGUGCCAAAAGAAACGAACUUAGAGGACAAACUUGAUAGACUUAACUCGGUAGAGGAAAAGAUUCAGUUUACACUUGAGAAAGAAAGCAACGGGACGAUUGCAUUUCUUGAUACUGUGAUCAUACGUGGAAGUCAGCCAAAAUUUAAAGUGUAUCGAAAGCCUACAAACAAAGAGUCGUACGUACAUUUCUAUUCUGGACACAAUGAUCGGGUUAAAAGUGGGAUUGUUUUGGGGUUUUUCCUUAGAGCGUAUCGCAUUUGUAGUGAAGAGUUUAUAGAUGAAGAGAUUCAGCACAUCAUGGCAUCGUUCACGAAGUUAAAGUACCCCAAAGGAUUUCUAGUCAACUUGAAAAGAAAAGCUAUCAAUAUUCGAAAGCGAAGCGCGACAACAAAGACGAAGAAAACCGAACGAUAUAUAACACUUCCCAAUUCGAAACCAGCCGAGAUGAUAGCGAAACAGAUUGAAAUGACUGGAUUUAAAAUCGCUUUCUCUUCGGGAACAAAGGUAGGGGAUAUACUAAAAAACCACACAAAAAGAAAUGGAGAAGAAAAAAGUUUAGUGUAUAAGAUUCCUUGUGGUUCUUGUGACAAAUCAUAUAUAGGGGAAACCGGGAGGGGCUUAGACGUUAGAUUAAAGGAACAUAAGCGGGACAUGCGAAACAACGCAGAACAUAGCGCGGUAGUAAUUCAUGCUCAGAAAACACAUCAUUUACCAAGAUGGGGCGGGGCGGAAAUUAUAGCAUUAUGUAAAAACAAAGACAAUCGGAAGGCGACAGAGGCGGCAUUUAUAGCAAUGAACGAAACGAUUAAUAUUAGGGUGGGUUCGAUGAAAUGGGCAAAACCAGCGGCGAUGUAUAGUUUAAAGAAGACGCGUCAUUAGUUUGUAUUAGUACCUACUUGUUCAUGAUCGUUCUGUACAAAUUUGUUGUUAUCCAUGUGUCAUAUGUAUGUCAGUGAUCUAUUUUGCUAUCAUUUUUCGUGGAUAUUCUCCUACAGGUGGAUUAGUAGCGAAUAUGUCAUAUGCAUGAAUUUUUAAAAUCAAGACGAUUGCACUGUGACGAGCUCGAAUGUUUGUGUGCUAUAUCUUGUUUUCUCUGUGAUUAUGUCAUGCUGAUGAAGAUUUAAUAAUCGAAACGCGUCCAUGCACUAUUUGUUCCGUGUUUUUCUACUUGUCUCUAUCCAUAUACAAAAUUAGCAAUAUACUAUAGCGCCAAUAGCGUCAAUGUAACUUCAGUAUAGC